CAGGGCAGCACUCCGACUGAUACAUACAGAGGAAAAACUACUUUACAAGUCCGAAGUUUGUUGCCAAAUAACUUUAAAACAUCUGUAUAAUCGUGACGGGCUGUGAACAGACUCCAAUACAGCGACUGCGCAUUUGGAUUUAUUUUAAAAGAGCGGAUUUGGAGAAACAUUGAAGGUGUUUCACUUCCAGACAGAUUGACCUCAUCACAACACUCUGAACCUCUCUUUGAACCCACUUUCUUCUUCUCUCGUCUGUGUGGUUGCCCAGUGCUCCCCAGGCUGCCUAGAGAACGGGCACAGCGCCAUGGUAACUCACAGCAAGUUUGACUCCGCAAUGAGCAGCAGCCUCGUGGACUCCAGUAUGCGGCUGCCUCAGCGUUACAAGACUUUCACCUCCAAGACCCAGUACCAGAUGGUACUGGCCACGCUCCACAAACUCAAGGAGAGCGGCUUCUACUGGGCCGCCAUCAACGGGAAGGAGGCCAACGCCAUGCUGGCGGCCGAGGCCACCGGCACUUUCCUCGUCAGGGACAGCUCCGACAACCGACACCUGUUCGCCCUCAGCGUCAAGACGGCGUCGGGAACCAAGAACCUAAGAAUCCAAUGUGACACUUCCUCUUUUUACCUGCAAACAGACCCUAAGAACAUUCACUCUGUUCCCCACUUUGACUGCGUCCUCAAGCUGGUCCACUUCUACAUGCCUCAGAGCAAAGUGAACAGCCGCAGUGGGAAUAUGUACUACAUUUUCUCUGGAGGAGAGAAGAUCCCUCUGGAGCUUGUCAAACCUCUCUCCUGUAGCUUAUCCACCUUGCAGCACUUGUGCAGGAAAACAGUCAAUGGACAUUUGGACAUUUCUACUAAAAGAGACCAACUUCCUCAUCCUCUUAAGGAGUUUCUUCAAGAGUAUGAUGCUCCUAUCUAGAGACGUUUGGCUGAUGCUCUUGAAGGGGCAAAGACUUAAAAGAAACUGGAUGGGAUCCAACACAGCUACGUUCGAAGACACACGCUGUGUCUGAGGAGUAUCAGUGAAGCAGAUUCGAGACCAAGAUCGAGCUUGUGAAAAGGAGCAGUUUAUUGUACUGACAAGAAAAGUGGGCAUCAGUGUCUUCAGGUCCAUGUUUCAGGAAGAGACUCUGGAUCGUGGACUUAUCCACAAAGAGGACCAAGAGAAAGAGAGCACUGCUGUUAUCUGGUGGUGUGAAAGAGAGAAAACCCCGCCGUCCUCCUCUGCCUCACCGAUGACAUACAAAUUACUGAAAACUGAAGUGAGACUCACAGUCAGCUGUCUACAGUCUGAUGACACACAGGUUCCCCCUGCUGCUGCUAACCAAAUGUGCUCCCACACAUCAGCCUCAGAAAAUCAUCAAUCCAUUAAAGCCAGUCCAGCUUUUACUGGUCAGGCUUGCUUUUUUUCUAACCUCCAAUGAUAAAUCUUGGACGCAUUGCACACGUUAUUCUAGUAUCUGUGACUAUGCUGGAAAUCAACAGACAAUGGAAACUUAGAGUGCAAACCAGUGGACACUGAUGGACUUCUGGGUGCAUAUUUGUACAAGUCACAAUGGGAAAACUUUUUUUUUACCUAACUUUUAUAAGAUAUUAUCAGACCAGAAAAUGUGGAAAGAAGUGAUGUUUCUGAUAUUUUGUUUAGAGGAAGGGUUCACGCCAAACUUGCCUGAACUAGAGAGCAGCUUGUUGGAACACCAACAUGACUGAAUCCUAGAGGAUCUUACUUGAGAGAACAGUACCACUGCUUAAUAUGCCUUAAGUGGUGUGGAAAUAAAUAAAUAUAUAUAUAUACAUCGAUAUGCCAAAAGACAUGGUAGUAUUUGUGGCACAGACAGAAUUGCCAUCACUUGCAGAUGAAUGUAUUAAACAUGGUAUCUGUCUUUUCCCAUUAAGGAGAAGAGUCAAAACAUGUCUUAUUUUCAUGAGUUUACAUGAGUGAAGAUGUUUUUGUUCUGUCUUUUAUAAAGAUGUACUUCUGCCAGCCAAACCACUGGCUGUGGAUGCUUGAAGAAAUGUGUUUGACGAAGCAAGUAGACUGAUACGACUUUGCACUUAUUUAUAUUUGUAUGAACAUUUCAUUAAUUUAUAAUAAAAUGGCACUAUUUUUCUAUGAA